UUAAAAGAAUGGCCACAAAUGUUGGAGGUCUUGUAGGUGGUGGAAUGCUUGCGCUCAUCUCUUUGUCAUUAUUAUUGUCGCUACCAGAAGAAUUAACAGUAUCGGCAACAGCAACAACAGCACAACCUAGAUGCCAAGAAAAAUGCGGCAAUGUUAGCAUCCCCUAUCCAUUCGGCAUAGGAGCCAAUUGUUCCAAAAAUUCAUGGUUCAACGUAUUUUGCAACGACACUUCCAGCAAUCCCCCGGAAAUGUCAUUUGGUGGUGGACGGGAUCUCGUAGACAUAUUGGCUGAAGGCAAAGUUGUUACCAGAGGUUGGUCGAUUACCARSUGUGAUACUUCCGGAGAGGGUUUCAGAAUCUUCUAUGGGCACAACUUCACAUCGUCCCCGUACUUCCUAUCGCAAGAGAGUAACAAAUUCAUAACCCUGGGUUGCGACAACCUUGGCUACUUCAUUGGUUCAAGCUCUUAUCAGACCAUUGGUGGGUGUAUGUCAUUUUGUAAUACGACUGAAUUCAAGAUAAAUGGUACAAAAUUGGCUGUGACCACCAAUCCAAGUGAAUGUAAUGGCUUCGGUUGUUGCAGCACCCCAGUCCCGCCACUCCAGGAAUUCUAUAUUACUACCAGGCAUAUAAAUGAUUUGGGAUUUUUGAGAGACGAACCAUCGACAAGAUGCGCGACCGCUUUGAUAGCCGACAGGAAGUGGUUCAAUCUCUCGUCGUAUCAGGUAAAAAAUAUCGAAAGCGCCGAUAGGGACGUUCCCAUGGUGCUGGACUGGGUGAUAGAAUUUAGUAGUACAUGCAAAACUGGUAAUGUCUCUGCCAACUGCGGCAGCAAUACGGAAUGCAAGGAACACAGCUCCGGAAAUGGAUACGUUUGUGAAUGUAAGAAGGGAUACCAAGGGAAUCCUUAUCUUCCCCAGGGUUGCCAAGAUAUCGACGAAUGUGCAGAUCUCAAGGCCAAUCCCUGCGAUGGGGUUUGCUGCUGCUUGGAAACAGAAGCUCCUCUACUAGUUUAUGAGUUCAUUCCUUGUGGAACCCUUUUCCAACAUAUCCAUGAUCAAAGUGACAACAUGUCAUGUACAUGGAAUAAUCGAUUAAGAAUUGCUACAGAAGUUGCAGGAGCACUUUCUUACUUACAUUCAGCAGCUUCUACACCAAUAUAUCAUAGAGAUGUGAAAUCUACAAACAUACUCUUGGAUGAUAAAUAUAGAGCCAAAGUUUCAGAUUUUGGAACUUCAAGGUCAAUUGCAGUUGAUAAAACUCAUUUAACCACAGCAGUACAUGGGACCUUUGGGUACUUGGAUCCUGAGUACUACCAAUCAAGCCAAUUCACAGAGAAAAGUGAUGUUUAUAGUUUUGGAGUAGUUCUUGUAGAGCUUUUGACUGGAAAGGAGCCAAUUUUUUUAUCGAGACCAGGAGAACAGAGAAGCUUAGCAACUUAUUUCCUAACUUCAAUAGAGGAGAACCGUCUCUUUGAGAUUCUUGACGCACAAGUGGUAAAGGAGGGUGAAAAGGUAGAAGUUGAGGCAGUUGCUUACCUUGCAAAGAGGUGCUUGAAUUUGAAUGGAAAAAAAAGACCAACAAUGAAGGAAGUCACUAUAGAGUUAGAGGGGUUGAGAAUAUCUAAAGGCCAAGCAUUUGUUCAAGAAACCCAUCAAGAAGUGGAGUGCUUUAUAAGACAACCAUCAAACCUAUGGGAUACUGAUAUCGACGAAUGUGCAGAUCUCAAGGCCAAUCCCUGCGAUGGGGUUUGCACGAAUAUACCAGGGGAUUAUGUUUGCUCCUGUCCGCCGGGUUAUACGGGAGAUGGAAUGAGACAUGGAAUUCCUUGUAGAAAGGACAGUUUCAUUAAACGCUAUCGGCCUUGGAUAAUCGGUGUUGGCUCUAGUUUGGCUCUACUGAUAGCAGUCUUAGCUAGCAUAUGCUUUUACCAAUUACACAAAAAAUUGAAAAGUAAAAAAAUCAAAGAGAAGUUCUUCAAGCAAAAUGGUGGCUUAUUAUUGCAACAACAAAUAUCUUCAGAGGAGGGAAAUGUUGAGCAAGCCAAAAUAUUCCAUGCCGAAGAGUUGGAGAAAGCAACAGAUCACUAUAACGUGAACCGAAUUYUUGGCCAAGGGGGUCAAGGUACAGUAUACAAAGGUAUGUUAACCGAUGGAAGAAUUGUGGCAAUUAAGAAGUCUAAAAAAGUGGAUGAGAGUCAAAUUGAACAAUUCAUCAAUGAGGUUGUUAUACUCUCACAGAUUAAUCAUAGAAAUGUGGUUAAGUUGCUAGGCUGCUGCUUGGAAACAGAAGUUCCUCUACUAGUUUAUGAGUUCAUUCCUUGUGGAACCCUUUUCCAUCAUAUCCAUGAUCAAAGUGACAACAUGUCAUGUACAUGGAAUAAUCGAUUAAGAAUUGSUACAGAAGUUGCAGGAGCACUUUCUUACUUACAUUCAGCAGCUUCUACACCAAUAUAUCACAGAGAUGUGAAAUCUACAAACAUACUCUUGGAUGAUAAAUAUAGAGCCAAAGUUUCAGAUUUUGGAACUUCAAGGUCAAUUGCAGUUGAUAAAACCCAUUUAACCACUGCAGUACAUGGGACCUUUGGGUACUUGGAUCCUGAGUACUAUCAAUCAAGUCAAUUCACAGAGAAAAGUGAUGUUUAUAGUUUUGGAGUAGUUCUUGUAGAGCUUUUGACUGGAAAGGAGCCAAUUUUUUUAUUGAGACCAGGAGAACAGAGAAGCUUAGCCACUUAUUUCCUAACUUCAAUAGAGGAGAACCGUCUCUUUGAGAUUCUUGAUGCACAAGUGGUAAAGGAGGGUGAAAAGGUAGAAGUUGAGGCAGUUGCUUACCUUGCAAAGAGGUGCUUGAAUUUGAAUGGGAAAAAAAGACCAACAAUGAAGGAAGUCACUAUGGAGUUAGAGGGGUUGAGAAUAUCUAAAGGCCAAGUAUUUGUUCAAGAAACCCAUGAAGAAGUGGAGUGCUUUAUAAGACAACCAUCAAACCUAUGGGAUACUGGUUCAACUUCAACUAGAUAUGGAAGUCUAGAGAAUAGUGUUGGAUUGCCGUUGGAUGAUAAACCACUAUUGCAUAACACAUCAUCUUAUUCUUGCUGAGUUGGUGUAUGAAAAUUGGUAAUGUUUUAUUUGAAGAAUAAUAAGGAUACAAACUAGUCAAACUCAUGGCUGCUCCAAAUGCAUCAUUUACUAAACAUCAGAAUGUUUUUGUGGGCCAAUGUGUUACAUUAUUUUCACCCACUAAGGCCCACACGAUGUUUCUGAUGAGCGGUAUGUGAUGUACCUCUAGCAGCUAGAACCUUGACUCGCUUGUUGCAUUAGGCACUGUUUGUUUAAUAACUAUUGCUGAAUUGACUGAACUGAAAUGCUUAUUUCUUUUGGUGGACAAAGCAGUAUAUUCAGUUAUUUA